UAUAUUACAUUGGUGGACAUGCAGGCUACAGAAUAACGUCCAGGUUUCACUCCAGAUCCACCCGGGGGAAGGAAAUGGCUGCAAUGGAGCUGGCUCAGGGGCCGGUGACAUUCGAGGAGGUGGCUGUGUAUUUCACUAGGGAAGAGCGGGCUCUGCUGGACCUCAGUCAGAGAGACCUCUACAGGGAUGUCAUGCAGGAGAACUAUGAGACGGUGGUCUUGCUGGGGUUUCCAGUUUCCGAACCUGAUGUGAUCUCGCAGCUGGAACAAGGGGAAGAGCCGUGGGUCCCAGACGUCCUGGGCUCUGAGAAAGAAGUGCCCCCGAGAGCUGCCUGCACAGAGAGUGACCUAUGUCUGGAUUGUCUCUGUCUCCCAUCAGGUGAUGGGAUGGUGAGUGAGAAUGAGGAGGAGAAUCCCCAGCAGAAAGAUGCUGAGCAAGGAGAGCCACAUGGGAUGUUAUCAGGAAGAUCCAAAGGGAAUGUUUCUGGGAUUUGUGCACUCCCAGAAAUAGAAAAAGCCUGUGAGACUCCGCAGAUUCCAGAGGAAAACUUGAGGAGCCGCUCAGACCUUAUUACACACGAGAGAAUCAACUUGGAAGAGACACACUAUAUAUGCCAUGAGUGCGGGAAAAGCUUCAAUGGGAGCUCAGACCUUUUCACGCAUCAGAGACUCCACAGAGGAGAGAGACCCUACAUGUGCUCUGAGUGUGGGAAAAGCUUCAGUCAGAGCUAUACCCUUAUCAGACAUUGGAGAACUCACACUGGAGAGAAACCUUAUACGUGCUCUGAGUGUGGGAAAAGCUUCAAUCAGAGCUCAAACCUUAUCAGACAUAGGAAAAUCCACACAGGUGAGAAACCUUAUGGAUGCUCUGAGUGUGGGAAACGCUUCAUUGAUAAUUCAGCCCUCUUCUCACAUAAGAAAAUCCACACAGGAGAGACACCCUACACGUGCUCUGAGUGUGGGAAAAGUUUCAAUAAUAGCUCUGACCUCAUCAAACAUCGUAGAAUCCACACAGGAGAGAAACCCUACAUGUGUUCUGAGUGCAGGAAAAGCUUUAAUCAGAGCUCAAUCCUCAUUAGACAUAAGAAAAUCCACAUGAGAGAGAACUGGAACAAAUGCCUUGACUAGGGCUGACCAAAGAUGUUUCUUUAAAAAAAAAAAAUCACAUUUGCCAAUUCCCACAUAGUGAUUUUUGUACCAUUUUCACUAUGAUUUUUGUACCAUUUUCACUAUGGUGUCUCAGCUCCCCCAGAUAAGUUGCCUGCUUCUGCCUUUUGUAGCUCACCCUUCUUUGGGGUCAGUCCUGUGAUCUUUUAUAUCAGCUCCUUUCCUUUUGAGUCGAAGUAGUGUGUCCCUCCAGCCAGGACUGUUCAUCAGCUCCAGGUGGAAGCGAGAGGGUUGAUCCCAACAAGCUACACGGAGGCAAAAACUACCUGUGCUUUCCAUCCACUAGGAGUGUACAUGGCGUUGGCUGCUCAAGUUAGUGAUCUUGGUGUAAAAAGACAAUUAUAGUUGUAGUGCAGAUGCAGCCCAGGUGCAGUGGUUGGCAUUAGCUUUCCCCUUGACCUGACCUAAACUCCAUCACUUUUCCUAGUUUAAACAGAUCCUGAGCAUCACGGUUAUCCUGUUCCCCCAUUUCAAAGCCAUUGUUAGUCAUCAAGUUCCCCCUUCGGGAACAAAUUGUUUCAUUCCCAGUUGCUCUGAUGUUGCUUCAGGUUGUGCUACAGAACAGAUAUUUUUACUUCCAUUUUCCUCAAUUAAAAUAUAUUGAACUAUAACAAAUGGCAGGGAUAGGGGAAAAUGUCAUUUCCCCUCUAUAACAACAGAAGGAGAUAGGGUAAGUCAGAGGGAUUCCCGUAUUCCCCAUCACCAUCCCAAUCCCUCUGUUUGGUUGGUUGGGUCAAUAUUUUUUUCAAAGGGCUGGGAAGAGGAUUUCCUGGUAAAUACCUGGGUAUUUUCCUUAGUUCCAAGUUAUUUGGCUCCCAAAGCCGUUGUGGCCCAGGCCCUGCAGGAGGUCGCUCCUGAAGAUAUCUCCUUCCUAAUCAGGAGCAUGUUGCCUAUUAAUUGGGAAAUGCAAUCCCUAGCUAGGUAGAGAUGGGAAAAAUGGAUCCUGUGCCACCAGAUUAAAGAAAUAAAGGGGCAUAUUUGGGGGAGUUGUACCUCACUAUCGUUACUGAUCUGUUGUGUGGUUGGUGAAGAAUUCUACACCAGAGAAGUGUAAAAUUACUCCAAGGAAAGUGAAAGAUUUGACAAGACCUCAGGUAGAAAUUGCAGGUAUGAGUGGUUGGUUUACACCCCUGAGAUGGAAGCUAUGGUGACCCGUGGCCCAGGUCAACUAUUUUUAGAAUGCUGCUCACUAGUUAAGUGGCAUUGAUCACGCUCCUAAAGGAUGCCAUGAUUAAAUUGGGCACAACUGUCUUUUUCAACUGAUUCCUUCAGAGCCAUUCCAUGCCUAUGGGUCCCAAUCUGGCUGCCUUGUUGGACAAGAAGCAUUUCCAUGCUGGGCAAAUGAUUUGUAGCCAAUGAGGGAAUGUAUCCGAUCCCAAGUUCAUACUACAGGGUAUAUGAAUACUGAGUCCAGCAUCUGUGGUUUGGUCUCUUAGUUUUCUCUUGAAUCUAAUGCAUUUUUAUCGCUUCUCCACCUCCUGCUACUCUGAAAGAUCAGAAAGUAGGAAAAUAGAGCACAGGUGGGUUUUCUCAUGAUGCAGCCUUCCCACAUCGUGUGAGACCCCUUCCACCCACACUUCUGGGAGAAGACCCAGGGAGAAAAGAACUCAUAGAAGUGGAAGGCUCCUAGGUUAUUGUAGAAUGUGACUUCACACAAAGCUGACUGGGUGGAAAUGGGAAUUAAGAGAAAACUGCCCUAUCGGUUUAUAUUUUGUAAUUUUUGAAUAAGUUGUUACCAGCGAUAAUGAAAUUAAACAUGAAGUUAACUAGUGUAAGAGGCUGAUUCUGUGAUAACUUUCAGUGUUACAAUAUGAUUCGGGUUUUCUUCUAGUUCUCUCCCUGCCCCCUCCUACUAUCUAGGAAACGGUGGCUAAUCCUGAAAUUAAAACCUCACUCCAAAGGAGUUAAAGUGGGAGAAUAUGUGAGAGAAAUAGCCUGUAUGAGAAGAGAGGCCCAGUAUGGACUGUAAUUAUUUCUGUUAAGAGGAAAAUUACUUGAGACAAGAUGUGUAACCUUUUACCCAUUCCCCACAGUGCUGAUGUGUUUUUGUUUGUUUGUUUGUUUGUUUCUCUCUCCUCCAGUUGUUGUUUUUUAA